AGAUGGGUUUAACUAAAAAAAUUGUGUCUCCAGCUGAUUUACGUCAGUGGACUUCUUCUAUCGCUUGUAAUGAGAUUCUUAACCUAAUAAAUAGUGUCAAUAGUAAAUUGGUCUCUCGUCCAAUCCAGGAUAAUUUAAAAUCUUCUAAGGCCAUAAUGUUGGUAUGUGAAAUGCUUGACAAGUUGCAGCAAGCAGUCGAAGAUUACCCACCUGAGGAGCAGCCGCAAAGAUUUGGAAAUAAAGCAUUUAGGCGAUGGUUUACAUGGUUACAAGAGAAUGCCAUUGAAAUUAGUUCAACUAUUUUCCAUGAUCAUGGUACCACAGAUUUUACUGAUCCACCAAUGUCAUACACCGAAGCAGUUGAUGAAGUUUCUGGUUAUCUAGUUGAAUCAUUUGGAAAUUCAACACGUAUUGAUUACGGAACUGGUCAUGAAUUGGCUUUCUUAGCGUUUUUAACUUGUCUUUUCAAACUGAACAUUCUAAAAACACAAAUUGAUUCUGGUUCAUCAACUAUAAAUGAUCUUCUAGCUGUUGGGCUUGUUGUAAUGCCAAAGUAUUUAGUAUUAGUUCGUCUGUUACAAACAACAUAUCGUAUGGAGCCAGCUGGCUCUCAUGGUGUAUGGUGUUUGGAUGAUUUUCAAUUUGUACCUUUCAUUUGGGGCAGUAGUCAAUUGAUUGGCAGUCAGCACAAUCCUACUGUGAUAACAGAUCGUGAUGUUGUUGAAUUGGAGAAAGAUAAAUACCUUUUAUUUUCAUGUAUUGCUUAUAUUCAUCAUUGUAAAACUGGUCCAUUUGAAGAACAUUCACAUACAUUGUAUGGAAUUAGUGAAGUACCGAAAUGGGAAAAAGUUAAUUCUGGUUUAAUUAAAAUGUAUAAAGGUGAAGUUUUAGAAAAAUUUCCAGUUGUUCAACAUUUCCUAUUCGGUCGUUUAUUAUCAUUUGAUAGAGUACAAAAUAGUAAACCUUUGGGUAGUGGAAUGAAUAUUGGUGGAGGUUUUAGUCAACGAGGAUUUAUUCCUUCAAAUAUUGAUUCAUUUGUAAAACCAAUUUCAUCGACAAUUCAGCAAUCAAAUCAACACGAUGAAAAAUCGUAGAGUUGAUGGAUUAUUCUACAUAUAAUGACAAACUCGACUUUUUUUUCUACUUAAAUCUUAAUCUUCUUUUUUUAUGUAUUGUUCACAUAAUUGAUCAUGUAUAUAGAUGCUUGGAAUGACCAAAAUUUUCAACGUUGGCUUUUUUGUUUUGUUUAUAAACGGCUUCGUAAUACAAGUUUGAAAUUGGUCGUAGACAACGUAGGAUCUAACAGGAAUGUGUAUCAGCUCGAGUUGCUACAUAUCAAAUAAGCACAAGUGAGCAAAUUAACAAAACGAAAGUUAGAUGAAGGUAAAUAAUAACAAUGUCCGAGUGAUUUCACAGAAUGGAGUUAUAGAAUAUGUUGGGGACGAUAGAUCCCCAAAAACUCAUAGUUUGUAAUUUGUCUUGUGGAGCUUGUAUGCAGAUGUAUACGUGGGCAUUUCUUACCACCCACGCACGUAGUUGAUUGACGAACUAUCGAUUAAAAUGUUUAAAAGCUCCAUGACAAUAUCGAUGUAUAUAUAAUUGUAUAUAUAUAUAUACGUUUUGAAAUUGUCUUGUAAAAAGGCUUGCUGGUUUUCUGGUGGUUGCAGAAUAUACUUCUCAUUUCAAGCAGGGACUUCUUCCUCUAGUUAGCUGGGGCUGGGACGCGUCAAUAGAUAGCUUACUGG